GGGCGGGCCCUAAGGCGGCCGCAGUUUCACUUUUGGUUCUGGGCACCUCCGGCUCCCCCUCUUCCGACGGCUCCCAGGCGAGCAGACGCCCCACCCCCGGGGCGCCCACGGUCGCGGAACAUGGGGUCGGCCUUUGAGUGGCUGGUUCGGAGAGUGAUCCAGGAGCUGGACCACGGUGGGGACCUCAUCCCUGUGACCAGCCUGCAGAGCUCCACGGGCUUCAAGCCCUACUGCCUGCUGGUCAGGAAGCCCGCAAGCUCUUGGUUCUGGAAACCCCGCUAUAAGCAUGUCAACCUGUCAAUCAAGGACAUUCUGGAGCCUGAUGCCCCGGAACCAGUUUUGCAGCAUGGUGGCCCCUUCCACAUCCGUGACACUGUGGACGGGCAGCUACGGACUAGCAUGGAGGUGGCAGCCACAGGACAGGGGAAGGUCGCAGGCAGGGUCUUGGUGUCUGACAGCUCCAGCACCUCGCUGAACGUGUUCUCGCUGAGCGUGGGCCCGAACACCUGGCAGGCCCUGCUCCAGGAGAGGCGCCUGCGGCAGCCGGAGCACGGAAUCCUGCAGCAGCUCCGGCACCGAGGGGACAACGUGUACGUGGUGACGGAGGUGCUGCAGACACAGAAGGAUGUGGAAGUCACGCGGACCCGCCGGCGAGAGGGUUCGGGCCUCAUUUCCCUGGCUGGAGCCAUGUGCUUGCAGGGUGAGGGCACGGGCCAGGGCCACCUGAGCCAGAAGAAGACGGUCACCAUUCCCUCGGGCAGCGUCCUCGCAUUCCGGGUGGCCCUGCUGGUUAUUCACUCUAACUUGGAAGUCAUUCUCUUCCCGGAUAAGAAGCAGAAGACCUUCCAGCCGCCCCCGACAGACUACAGGCCUUUCGGCAGCAAACUUUCCUGGCAGACGGACAUCUCCAUGAAGGGGUGCAUCAGCAACUUUUGGACAGAUGCGGUCCCUGCGAAUGGGACGGUUACUGAAGACUUCCAGGGCCUUCGGACAGAGGUGGAAGCUGUCUCCAAGGAACUGGCGCUCAUGGACGGGCAGCUGUGCCAGCUGCUGCUGGAGGGCCUGGAGGGGGUGCUGCGGGACCAGCUGGCCCUACAAGCCUUGGAGGAGGCGCUGGAGCAGGGCCUGAGCUCCGAGCCCGUAGAGCCCCUGGGUGGUCCGGCAGGUGCUGUCCUGGAGUGCCUGGUGUCCCCUUCCAGAAUGCUGGUGCUGGAACUCGCCGUCCCUUUUGUCUACCUGCUGGGGGCUCUGAACACGCUGAGUAAAGUCCAGCACCAGCUGCUGGUGGAGGCUAUGGAGUUGAAGACCCUGUCGAGGCAGCUCGAUCUGGUGGGCAGCCUCUUGGAGAAGAGUGCCCCGUGGCAGAAGCGCAGCACCGUGUCCCUGCCUCCCGAGCUCCUGAAGAGCGGCUGGGGUGGAGAGACACCAGCCUGGGUCUUGCUGGAGGAGUGUGGCCUGGAGCUGAGGGAGGACCCGCCCCACGUGCACUGGGAGCCACAGGCCCAGGGCCACGCGUGUGCGCUCUACGCUUCCCUCACACUGCUGUCAGACCUGAGCCGGGAGCCCCACUAGCCUGUGCUCGGGCAUGCCCUGGCAGCUCUCCAGCAGGGCAGAAUGUUUGCCCACCAGCUGCCAGCCCUGCGAAGGUCAGGAGCCCAGCAGCCAUGUGGUCAGUCUCCUGUGGGGCUCAGGAGUCGGAGAAGCUCAGUAAAGUUGGCGUGCGAAGGAAA